GCUGUUUGGUCAUCGAUCGCACAUUUACCAGCUAGCAAAGCACAGUGGCUGGGAUUUGGGCAUCACAUCACACAAGAAAAUAUCACUCCAUGGGAGGCCAAAAGGGUCCUGCAGCUGGGGUUAGUGUGAUCCUGGUGGGUGUCCUCCUCAUACUGGGGCUGGCCACUGCGGCGAUGAGCUCCUCCGAGAAGGUCGCCACCGGCGAGAAGACGUCGUGGCCGGAGGUGGUGGGGCGGAGCGUGGAGGAGGCCAAGAAGAUCAUCCUCAAGGACAAGCCCGAAGCCGACAUCGUCGUCCUCCCCGUCGGCUCGAUGGUCACCAUGGAAUACAAUCCCCAUCGCGUCCGCGUCUUCGUCGACACCGUCGCCGAGAUCCCCCACGCCGGCUAGCUAAGCUUGGUAGUACCUACUACACGUACGGCUACACAUAAGUGAUUAUUAGUGUCAUGGGACAUGGACGAAUAAUUUCAUAUACCCCCCAUGCAUAUCCAUGCAUGGAUGGAUGUCAUGGGCAUAUGUCUGCUAGCUAGCUCCUUAAUUUUCAUUAUAUUGACAACGUCCCCAAACUAAUAUGCCCAUGGUAUGUGUUAGCUGCUCCAUAUAAGGAUUUCUUAUCAGAUGGAUUUUAGGGACAUAUCCCUUGUAUAUCCACAAUUGCAUCAAAUCCACAUUAGUAUUUAAACUUGCAAAA